AUGCCCGUUAAAGUUCUUAGAGUACUCAUGCUACAUGGACAUGGGCAAUCUGGAGAUGACUUUGAAGCAAAGACCAGAUAUGUGAGAGAGAUAUUCGGUGGCCUGUCAAAGGACUUGAAAUUCGAGUUCAAGUACCUGUCUGGACUACUACCAGCCUAUCCUGAUAAUUAUGGCGAUGAAAAUUUUCUGUUCCAGAGGGCCUGGGGCUAUGGAGAGCCUGAUCACGGCCGAAUCAAUGGCCUUGAGAAAUCUCUCGAACACAUACUCAGUACUCUAGACCAGGACGAUUCUUUUUGCGGAAUUAUUGGGUUUUCUUCUGGUGCUGCUAUGGCUGCGAUCAUCACAUCGCUACUAGAGAAGAGAAGGGAGACAUGUAACAUACCUUGGAAGACACGUCACCCACCAUUGCACUUCGCGAUAUGUCUUAGUGGAUUCAUGCUCGGCAAAAAUUGUUAUCAAGCAUUCUACGACCCUAAGAUCGAGACUCCAAUCUUUCACACCAUCGGAGAACUAGACGCAACCAUUUCCACUGCACAGACCAUCGAACUCUCGCGGCAAUGUACGUCACCAUGGUUCUUUGAGUUCAAUGGUGGACAUUAUGUGCCUCAGAUCAAGGAAUUCAUAAACCUCAGGAAAUCUCUUUCGGGAUUCCUUGAAGAAGUGCUUGGUCUUCCCAAGAAGCUUGACACAUCUUGGAUUGACAUACCGUUUGACGAGGCGUGUUAUGGUCACUGA